GGUCAGUGUACAUAUAUAUCAACACAUGAUCUUGUAUUUAUAUCUGAACAAGUGGCCAGAGGAAUGUACCAUUUAACUAGAAAAGGACAAGUACAUAAAGACCUGGCAUGUAGGAAUAUAUAUAUUCAUGAGAAUCUACAUGUAAAGAUUGGUGACAGGGGACUAAGUUGGGAUUUUUAUCCAGAAGAUUAUAAUACAAUAGAAGAGAGAGGAGGAGGGGGAGAUGAGACCAUUGCUUAUCCUGUCAAGUGGAUGGCAGCUGAAGUUUUGUCUGACAAAAGAUACUCUUCAUCUUCUGAUGUGGUAAGAGAUAAGGUUUAGUUUAAUGGGUUGGUGUUGGGCCCUCACUCCUAGUGAUAGACCAAGAUUUAGUCAUUUAACUGUACGACUUAAAGAAUUUUAUGAUCAACUGGGAUCAUUUAUAUAAUAAUAAUAAU